AUGAAUCGGUAUGACAGAAUGAAUGAUUACAUAGUCUCUAUGGCAGACCUGAGCAAUAAUAUUUUGCAAGUAGUGAACCAGAUCUUCGAUGAUAACACUUCCUUUGAUGGCCAAAAGAUCAUGCACUUAUACCACCUCAUUUACAACCAGUGCACGGAGCGCAAUUGGAAUGCUCCAGCCCAGAACAACGGGAGAACUCUUUACAUUUUUCUAACCGACUUCCUGAAGGAGCGACUACAAAACUUAGCAAUGGAAAUUGAGAACCGAUUCGACGACGUCGAACCAAUUGGACUGAUCGCCCAAUACGUAGAGCAAUGGGUGCCCUAUCAAAGGUCAUGCGAGAAACUGGACCUAGCUUGCUACCACUUCAACCGCAACUGGGUGAAACAGGAGCGGUUUAAGGGGGACCAAGAAACUUAUCCGAUAUAUCGCUUGGCCAUGAUGAGCUGGAAGAAACUGGUCUUCGAGCCCAGCAUCACGAUUCUCACCGCCAUUAGGCAGAUUUUGAGUCAGAUGCCCAGGGAAGACAAUAAAUCAUUGGUAUACCAGGUGCUCCAAUCCAUUGUGGAACUGUACGCCAACGAUGAGUACCAAGAUGUGUCCUUGUCUUCCAGGAUAGACAACAUUUUUAUUGAUAAGGUGAUGGAUUUCUACAAGUCAACGACGUUGCACGAAUUCCAAAAGAUCCUCGUAUCCAAUGACUACACCGAUUUCAAGCGUUUCCUCAAGUACGCAUGCCUAGCCAUGCCAGAAAUUGAGAAAGGGAAACAAUUUAAGGCAAUACUAAAAAGACACCUCGCUGCGAGGUUGCAGGAGACCAUUAAAUCAUUGUCAGGCAAGGAAUAUAUCAAAGCCAUCUUGGGAUUUCGUCAGGGUCCUUUGGAGCAGGCAUUGCGGGACCACAAACGAUUGGCGGACAUCGUGGAUGAGGUGUGCGCGGAUGAAAUGAACAGAGAGGGCCAGAAAAUUUACCCCACCCGUCUGCUUGUCACAUAUGCCAACGAACUUAUGACCAAAAGGCAGGAGUCCGAGGAAGCUAUUAUUGAUGAACUUAAGCAGAUCGUUAAAUGCGUGGAGUUUUUAAGCUAUAAGGACACAUUUAUAGACAUGUAUUUGAAAGCACUUCGGAUUCGACAAAUCAAUGAGACAUCCACCUCGGACGGCGCUGAGUCCACAAUGUUUUCCCUGCUGAAUAAAAGGUUUGGAGACCUUGAAACUAGAUGUCUAUUGGAGCAGUUAAGAGAUGUAGAACAGUCGAGGAUCCAAAAAAGUCAGUUUGAAGACCACAUGAAUAGCAAGGGGAUCAAGUUAGGAUUCGAUUUUCGUCCAAAAUGCUUCACGAAUAAGGGGGGUUUUGAGAAUUUUAACCUCACGUUGCCCGACGAACUGCAGCAAGCGUGGGAGGAAUUUCGUCUGUUUUACAAAAAUAGCCAUGAGUCACGAAUUGUACAACUUAAUAACGAAUUAUCCUCUGGUGAGAUUACCUGUCAUUUAAAUCAGUCGGUCUUUAUUCUCGAGGUGAGCACUUUGCAAAUGGCCGUUCUGAUGCUAUUCAAUCGGCAUGAACGAUUCACGGAGCAGGAAUUGGUGACUGCUUUGGGCGUCGAUCUGGAGACCCUCCAAGGGGCAUUGAAACAGAUUAAGUUUCUGGUUUAUAGUGGACCAUUCAUAAAAGUAAACAUGGACUUUACAAACCGGAAACGCCGACUUAUCCUCAAUAAGCGCCUGCUCACCAAAAGGAGAAAGAUCGAAGAGAAAGGCGAUGAUUUAAAAUUACGGCGAGACAAGCAAGUGGAUGCUGCAAUAGUGCGCAUUAUGAAAGGUAAAAAGGAACUGGAAUACUCGCAAUUAAUUUCACACGUGUAUGAGGAGCUUAAAGAUCGGGUAAAGCCACAAGUGAGUUCUAUCAAGGAAAGAAUUGACGACCUGGUGAAGCGUGAAUAUUUGGAACGUUGUGAUAAUAAUACCUACAGAUAUUUGUAGUAUAGAAAAGGAAG